UUAGCCCGUGUGAGGAGGAGGCAUGAGUGUGUAGCUCGGCCGCUUCAGUGAGCGGCUUUACUGAGUUCUCGGGUUUAAUGCGGAAUAUCGGCCAACAUUAACAGGCGAUGCUGCUCCGGUUUAGAGGAGCGCUGCUCUCCGGAGUGCGGGGAUAUAACUACCGACUGUUUUCUGUAUCGAGAAGCGCUUUAAGCCCUAAAAAAGGUUUAGUGCUGGGUGUGUAUGAGAAGGAAAAAGAUAACAAUGGGAUCUCCUUCACUGAAGCUGCAGCUUCUUUUGACAGAUCAGUCUCAGGAAAACUCACUGAGAUGAUGUCAAUAUCUGGACCUUCUCUGAAGAAGGGAAAGAGCAGAAUAUUCUAUGGCUUACACCAGGACGUGCCGAGUGUAGCAGUAGUGGGUCUGGGUAAGAAAGGAGCUGGUGUGUGUGGGAAGGAGAACUGGGAUGACUGCAAAGAGAACAUCCGGGCAGCUGUGUCAGCUGGCUGCAGGCAGCUGCAGGAUCUGGAGGUGCAGCAGGUGGAGGUUGACCCAUGUGGUGAUGGUCAGUCGGCAGCAGAGGGUGCUGUGCUCGGCUUGUUUGAGUAUGAUGAACUCAAGAGCAAGAAGAAGGUCCGUGUUGCGACACAGCUGUACGGCAGUGCAGAUACAGAAGCCUGGGAGAAGGGUGUUCUGUAUGGAGAAGGGCAGAACCUGGCCAGAAGAUUGAUGGAGGCCCCGGCCAAUCACAUCACGCCAACAGCUUUCGCAGAGGCCAUCGAGCAGAAGCUGUCCCCCUUCUCAGACAGGGUGGUUAUUCACAAAAGACCCCAGGCAUGGAUAGAGCAGGAGCAGAUGGGGGCCUUUCUCAGUGUGUCCAAAGGUUCAGAGGAACCCCCUGUAUUUCUGGAGCUGCACUACACUGGAAACCCAGACUCCAGCCAGGCUCCGCUCAUGCUAGUGGGAAAAGGAAUCACUUUUGACAGUGGUGGAAUUUCGCUGAAACCCUCAUCUGGUAUGGAUGCCAUGAGGGCAGACAUGGGGGGAGCUGCCACUGUAUGUUCUGCCAUCGUCACAGCGGCGGCUCUGAAACUGCCAGUCAACAUUAUAGGUUUGGCACCCCUCUGUGAGAAUAUGCCCAGUGGAAAAGCUAACAAACCCGGAGAUGUGGUGCGUGCCAAAAACGGCAAAACAAUCCAGGUUGAUAACACUGAUGCUGAGGGUCGUCUGAUACUGGCUGAUGCUUUAUGCUAUGCUCACAGCUUCAAACCCAAGGCUAUAGUAAAUGCUGCUACACUUACAGGUGCGAUGGAUGUAGCGUUGGGUUCUGCUGCUACCGGUGUUUUCACAAACUCUGACUGGCUGUGGGAAAAGCUGCAUAAGGCAAGCGUUGUCACAGGUGACCGAGUGUGGCGGAUGCCGCUGUUUCAGCACUACACCAAACAGGUCACAGAAUGUGCGCUGGCAGACCUGAACAACAUUGGCAAAUACAGCCGCUCGGGCGGAGCCUGUACAGCUGCAGCAUUCCUGCGGGAGUUUGUGACUGCCGAUCACUGGGCCCAUCUAGAUAUUGCUGGGGUCAUGACCAAUAAGGACGAGGUUCCAUAUUUACGGAAAGGAAUGUCUGGAAGACCCACUCGGACACUCGUCGAGUUCGCUACUGUCUUGGCCUCUGGGUCCUAAGAGCACCUUCGCUUGAUCUUUGAACUCGUCAGAUUGAAGACCAUAGAAGAACGAUAUUGGUGGAGAGCAGUAAAAUGACAUUUGUGAAUCAAACAAAAAAUUUAAAUUACAUUUUCUUUUGUCUUUUUUUUUUUGCUGGUAGGUUGUUUAUUUAAGAAUGAAGUCUUAUAGAUUUGAAAAAAAAAAUGACAAGAAGAGAUCAUUAUAAAACAGUCAGCCGAAAAGGCCGUCACAAUGAAUCAUGCUAUUUCACCAUCAGCAGCCAGAGUCAGAGAGAGAGCACAAAUUUUUCACAAAAGCUUUUUCUGGGUGUGGUGGGAAAUUGAAGAGAUUAUGGGAUACAAUAAGAAAUAAAUUCUAAGCCAAAUUAUAAAAGAAAACCUUCACCAACUUCUAAACUAAACAUUAGCAGCAGCAGCAACUCAGAAUUGUGUGGCAGGUGUAACACAGUCAUAAUAAUCAGCAUAAGAAAGCUGCACAUUCAGCAAUAGGACUGGGCAGUAUGACGGUAUAUAUCAUUUUAUACUGUAUUUCUAAAAGGAAAAAAAGUGUUAUUUACUACAUUUUAUACAGUGUUACGUUAAAAUAGCCUUAUUGUUCCACAGUGUAAAUAUAAAACAAAUGUGUUCCACCAUCAAUUCUUCCAGUGUGUUUAAUCAGGAAUUCCACUAUAAUUCCAUCAUUUUACAAUUUCAGUUGACUUGUGCACAGAUUGUAAAAUAAAGGAAUUUUAAAGGA